AUGGCAUCGAAUUCCUGUGGGGCUUCCGAAAAUGGCCAUGGUGGGGUUUACGGCCCAGUUUUCUGGCCAGAGGACAGGGCCUCCACUGUGGCCAUUAAAUUCAGCCCAAUGAGUGCCCUGAGAUACCAGCUGAACAGUAAUAUAGGUUGGAGUCCUGAAAUGAUGACAAAACUGAUAACAGAGACACCAGACCAGCCAAUUCCUUUUCUAAUAAGUCACCUGCAAAAUAAACAAGGAAGUCGCAGCCAGCUACAAAGAACACUUUCAGGCUCAGCUGCUCUGUGGGCUCAAACUGGUAAUGCAGAAAACAAAGGGUCACGGCGAGAUUGUAGAGGUUAUGAUAAACCAUGGCUAACAAAUGCCAAAAAACCAAAAAAGUCUAAGAGCGACCUUUCUGUCUCCAACAUAUCGCCACCAUCACCAGAAUCAAAGUCCUUGCCAAGGUCAAUAGAACAUGCUGCAUGGGACUGGCGAACAAAACCAGAAAGCCAGAACUUUGAUGAACUGAAUCAUAUCCUUCAGGAAAGCAAAAAGUUAGGCAAGGCCCUGGAGAACCUUUCUCGCAGUAUUGCCACUGACGAAUUCGAUCAGGAUCUACGGGCUUAUAAUUCAUCCCUUGUCAGACCAAGAGUUGUUGGAGAAUGGGUUGGUCGUGAGGAAACUGAUGCUGAUCCUUUGGCUGCAGAGAUGCUGCAACCUCCAGUACCCAGGAUUAAGGAUGAAAAUGAGGACAGCCAUAGCCCAGGAAGCACAAAAUUGGAGCAGAAGAGUAAAGGCUUAAGACAACAGCAGCAGCAGCACAAGAAGCUUUUAGCUGCAAUGCUAUCCCAGGAAUCCUUUGACUCUGUACAUAGUGCUACACCAUCUGUACUAGAAGAAGACAUAGAGGAUGAGGAUGAUGCCAUGGAAUUACUAGAGGACUUGGAUGAUUUGAGGAUGGAGGGCAUAACUGACCACGUGCCUUCUGGCAGCAGGUUUAGCCAAGGCCGAAGUUUGUAUUCUGCAGAACCUCAAGCCAAGGUCACACUCAACAUCUGCUCGAGGUGUGCCAGAUUCCAAGGAGAUAGUUUAAUGGAAGAAUCUGAUGCUGGAUCACAGAUGUCCCACUCCCCUGAACAAGCAGUCCCUGAGCCCCAAGCAGUCUCUCCAUUGCUUGGGGUGGAAAAACUGAUGCAAGAUGAAGAAGAAUUUGAGAGUGCUUCUCAAGUGUCAGGGCCUCGCCAACCAUUCUGGGAAUCCUGCACGUUGUCUAGCCAAAGUGGAGGGUCUUUGAAUCAGACACAGUCAAGAGAUUUCAUGGCCUCAAAGGAACUGUUAGCAGUGGAGAAGUAUCUCAUUGAACUUGACAAGGAUCUUGCUACAAAAGUGUUAACAAUUGAAUCUGAAGUGCAGAGGAAUUCAAAUACCCGAAGUAUAUUAAACAUGUCAAAUUACCAUGGAAGUCUGUCACAAACAUUACUUGGCCAAAGUUCUAGACCUCAAACACCACCAAGUCUUUUUUGGAAAGGACUUCCACCUCAGAGCCAAAGAAAUGAAUUACCACGGAGCUCCAGUAACCAAAACAGUAGACCUGAGUCUCCCAAAAGCCAGUAUAACAGGCCUCAGACAUUAUUAGCUCAAGGAAGUAGGCCUGGAACUCCUAACAGUCGAAGUGCAAUUUCUAACAACCCUGGCAGUAAAGAAGAAACCUUCAGCAAUCCAAAUAGAAUGGCAACACCUACCGGUCAAGUUGGAAGACGACUUAGUUCUCCAGCUAGCCAGCCUGGCAUUAUUAUUGAGAAUCUUUCACAAAGGAGCCAUUUGUCUGAGGUGAGAAAAUAUAUAGAUGCUUUUGAUCUUUGGAAAUAA